CCCUGCGAAGUGCAAUGCAAUUUGAGUUGUGGUUUUCUUAUAGAUGGCCAUCCUGUAACUUGCUGUUUCCUCAUUGCCUUGAACUAAGAGAGACAGCUAAGCGGAUGCUCUUUGUUUGUAAUGCAGUGGUCUGCUUCAGGACAGGCAUGCAGUGCUGACCAGCAAACAUCCUCUGGUUGCUUAGUCACUCCAUCACUAGGACUGCAGCUUUAUAUACACCAUAACUUCACAAGAGCACAUCUGUCAUACAUGGAGCAUCAAGUGGAUUCCUAUGGCUUCUCCUUUGCCUUCUGUUUAUCACGGGUUCUGCUCUUCUUUCUUGCAGGCCUAACUGCCAUGACCAUCUCAGCACAGAAAACAGAGCUGUUUGACAAGCCUGUCCUGACAGUCCACCCCAGAGCAUCUUUGUUAGAAGGCGACACUGUGAUCCUAAUAUGUCAGUCUAACACCAACAUAACAGACAAACAACUCCAAUAUAGAUUCUACAAAAAUGAGAAAUUUCUGAGUCAUGGAGAUUCACAGAGUCAGUUAAAAACACUGAAACUUCAGAAGGCUGACACCGGGAGUUACUGGUGUGAGGUGGAAGCCAAAGGAAAUGGGACAGAGAAGAAAGCAAGUGACCAUGUACUUGUGGUUGUGCAAGGUGAGUGCACACAACCAGCUCAAUGUGUUUCCUGGUCUAGCCUGAAUUCUGUCAUUCUCUUCUCAUUGAUGAUGCCAGUUGACCGUGCUUCGAUGUUUGCUGAAUAUGCAUUGACCUAGCAAACACAUUGUGAUGAGUGUUGCAUGAGGCCUACUAAGUGCUAAGUGUCAAUAUGUAAAUCCCAGUUUCUGUUUUGUCUAAAAUGGUGGUUCCCUUACAAAGGGUUUAAAAUCAUGUGGACACCUUAAAAAUUUGAAUAUCUUGGGUAGAUUAGCCUACAGCACUGGACAACCCUUUCUAGUAAAAAUUCCCUGAGGUAAAAGUUUUAUAUUUUGGAAUUUGGGAAAAUAAUGACAUGAAAUGAAGACUCCCUUGGGUUGAUGCUAUCUGUCAGUCAAUGCAUUUGGACUCUGUUUUAUACACUGUGUCCUUGGCCUUGAGAUGAAACUGAUUAAAGUGGACUUGGCUGUGGUGAAUCUCAUUUUGGUGCAAGUAAGAAUAAGAGCUAAGUAGGUUAUUAGAGAUCAAUAAUAGAAGUGUGGAGGAGAAAUUAUCAACUUUGAUACAUACGGUAAAAGUAAUCUCUCUAUUAUAUAAAAAAAUCUUUCGCCGUGAUGAGACUUUUUAGGAGACAAGACUUUUUGGAAAAGAUUUUUUCAAGUCCCGCGGGAUGAGAAUAUUGCCAUGAGAUUCUUUCAAAUCGCGCCCUCCUAUCAAUCAUUUUCAAACAAGAUCACAGUACUCUCAACUCUCACUCUUGUGAAUGCUUCUGUCAGACACACUUCCUGUGCUCUAAGCUCUUAAAAAUGUUUACAUUUUCCUCACUUUAAGUUCCCAAUUAAAGAAGACGUAUUAUGUCCAAAUCAUAUUGAAGAAUUUCAUCACGAAGGGUUAUCAACAGAAAAAAAUGAGUACACAGGCAAUCCUAGCACCUAGAAAAAGGAAGUCAAAAGAAUUUAUGUCAAAAAUGUUGAUCGGUAACACAGCAAAUUGGUUAAAUGCGCAUCAAUAGACUAUGCUGAAACAGUUGGUGGUGAUUGUGCGGAAGAUGAAAACAACAGCUUACAAUAUCACAAAGAAUAUCUACAACAGUUAACACCGACCGGUCUUCCACCACAUGAAUUACUGUAGAAAGAAGGAUGUAUCCAAGAAAGGUAAUGUAGUACAUCUCCCGCGG